UAGUUGCUGUUUCUAAUUUGUUCCUUCUCUGUUGGUGCUCACUUUGGAAAACACUCACUGAGUGGCUUGAUUGCCCCUGUUUUAAGUUCUUUGGGCAUCAGCACUCAACAGUAUGGUUGGUUGUAUUCUGUACAAGAUUUCCCUGGAAUAUUUCUGCCUCUGUUAAGUGGUUACAUUUCCUUGUUCUUGGACCCUGCAAUUGCUGUAUUCUUAUUUGCUACUCUCAUAUUUGUAGGAAAGGCUUUGUUUGGAAUGGGAGAUGGCGCGCUGACAGUGGUACAAGGUGUCGUCAUUGCUCAACACUUCAAGAAAACCGUUUGCUAUGAAGAACGUGUGAUACCGAUUGGAUUGGGUACAGCUUAUGGUACUAUGAUUGCAACCAGCAGAAUCACCACCAUGUCUUCCGUUUCAGUUCCUCCGUUUAUUGCUCAGCACAAGAAUUGGGGUGGUUAUUCCAUGGCGUUAUGGUUAUCUGUUGGUGUAUCUGGUUUUAGUGUGUUGUGUACCUUUGUUUAUAUGAUUUUGGAACGAGGACAUUGUUUUGCAUUGCAUCGCGAGAAGAUAACUCCAUUACCAUUUUGCAAAACUGCCUUUUCUUCCCAUGUUGUAUAUGUUGUAUUGAUAUGGAUGUUCGUAUCCAGCUCAUUGUUUGGAUUUCUUCAUUUCUCUUCAGAUAUAUUUGUUUCCGAGUUUCAUGUUUCUAUCAGCAUUGCAGCGUUUUUGAACGCAAUCAUUGCAUUUUGUGCUUGUGUUUUGUCACCUUUGCUUGGUCAAAUACAGGAUCGUUUAGAACGUCCGAAACUAUUUUUGUUUUUCAGUUGCUUACUUUUAUGUCUUGCGAUGACCUUGUUUUGGUGGUUGUUGUAUUCCCAAGUGUUUCAUAGUUUAGCAGUCUUCUGGGUUCUAUUGUUUCCUUGUUUAUGUUUAGGUAUUGCAUUUGCUUUGGGACCUGUGUUAUUGCUAUCUUGUUUGGUAUCCUUUACGAAUCAGCAGGAACGUGGUUGGGUACUUGGCGUAUACAAAGCGAUGGAAAAUGUGGGACUCUUAAUCACUCAACCAUGGUUGGGCUAUGUAAGAGAUAGGAAUGGUACUUAUGUAUUUUCUUUGUUUAUUUUUGUUGGAUAUUCGUUGAUAAGUGUGGUGUUAUCAUACCAGUUGUUGAAGAUACCACAUGGACCUGAGCAUUUGUGACAAAAACCUAUGAUAUUGGAUCAUCACCAUUCUUGGAAACAGCUGUUUGUUUAGUAGAAGAUGCAUAAAUGAAAUAGCCAGCACAUCUCCGAGGGAAUGAAAUGAAUCCUUUUUGAAUCCA